AUGGCGUCCAACCCUACAGACACCCCGGCGGUAACUUUUGCCAGCAUCACGGCUCAGGAGAAGUCGCUUACGCUACCGCACUUUACUGCCGAGGAUGCUUUUGACAUAGGUGUGUUGAUUCGGAACAAGCUGAGGGAAAUCACCGAAAAUCCAGCGGUAGUCAACAUCACCCUCGCGAACAACAAACAACUGCUCUUUCACGCUGCAUCGCGACCUGGGACCGUUCCAGAGAACGACAAUUGGGUGGCCCGCAAGCGGAACUUUGUGCUUAGAUUUGGAUGGAGUACCUGGGCAGGCCACCAUCUCUUCGACAUGGGUAACGAGGAUAAGUUCAAGGCCCAGUUCCAGCUUGGUGAGACGGCCGGUGACUACGCGAUACACGGUGGUGGGUUCCCUGUCCGUGUCAAGGGCGUGGAGGGACCGAUUGGUGCAAUUGUCGUGAGCGGCCUCGCGCAAGAGGAAGAUCACCAGGUUAUUGUUGAUUGCUUGCAAGAAUUCUUGGCUGCGCAAAAGUGA